GAUCCUUCAGUGCACAAGGUGGCCGGCGGGCGCAAGAAAACUGUGUCCUUCAGUAGCAUCCCCUCAGAGAAGAAGGUGAGCAGCGCUGCCGACUGCCUGGCCUUCAUGCAGGGGGGCUGUGAGCUGAAGAAGGUGCGUCCCAACUCCCGGGUCUACAGUCGUUUCUACACCCUGGACCAGGACCUCAGCUGCCUGCGCUGGGAGCCCUCUAAGAAGGACGGGGAGCGUGCCCGCCUGGACAUGGUCACUAUCAGGGAGGUUAGGACAGGGAAGAGCACUGAGACCUUCCUGCAUAACGGACCUGCUGCAGAACACCUGGCUGAGGAGGCAGCCUUCUCUAUCAUCCAUGGGGAUGACUACCAG